AUGGUCGGCCACGACAUGUCAUGGGCCUCGUUCCACGUCCUCGAGGUCAUGUCGUCGCCCAAGUACCACCAGAAGAGGGUGGGAUAUCUCGGCGCUGUGCAGAGCUUCCGGCACGACACCGAGGUCCUCAUGCUGGCCACUAAUCUCUUGAAAAAGGACUUGGCUGCUACCGCGCCGACGGUUAUAUCCCUCCCGAUUGCGACUCUCCCUCACGUCAUCACUCCGUCCUUGGCUCUCUCCACCCUCGCCGACCUACUGCCGCGGCUGAACCACAGCCAUGCAAAUAUACGCAAGAAGACACUCGUCACGCUCUACCGCCUAGCGCUCGUAUAUCCCGAAGCCCUGCGUGCGGCAUGGCCAAAGAUCAAGGAUCGCCUGAUGGACCCCGACGAAGACCCCAGCGUCACUGCGGCCAUUGUCAACGUUGUCUGCGAGCUCGGUUCGCGGCGUCCCAAAGACUUCUUGCCUCUGGCGCCACGGCUCUUCGAGCUGUUGGUAGACAGCGGUAACAACUGGAUGGCGAUCAAACUCAUCAAGCUCUUUGCGAGCUUGACACCCCUUGAGCCUCGCCUUGUCCGAAAGCUGCUGCCUCCCCUGACCAACAUCAUUCGAACCACACCGGCAAUGUCCCUUCUGUACGAGUGCAUCAACGGCAUCAUCCAGGGCGGCAUCUUGGACAGUGCCGAGGACGUUGCAGGAGCAGACGAGAUCGCAACCCUCUGUGUCAACAAACUGCGAGGAAUGAUUAUGAUUAAUGGCGAUGCAAACCUCAAAUAUGUUGCCUUGUUGGCUUUCAACAAGAUUGUUCUCACACACCCGCAUCUCGUCUCCCAGCAAGAGGACGUUAUCCUGGAAUGCAUUGAUAGCUCCGACAUCACCAUUCGUGUUCAGGCCCUCAACCUCGUCAAGGGAAUGGUUACCAGCGAUAACCUGGUCCCCGUCGUGAGCCGUCUCAUGAAGCAGCUCAAGUCAUCGUCACCGUCCAAGGAUCGCCGUGCUCCAGGAAGCUCAGCCAACACUCCGGAAACAGAAUCAGACGAUGAAGCGCAAACCGCAAUUACGGCGCCAACUGUCCGAGACACGCAGGCUCUCCUCCUUCCCGACGACUACCGGAUAGACAUCAUUGAAAGGAUCUUGUUCAUGUGCUCCAAGGACAACUACUCGAGCGUGCUGGACUUUGAUUGGUACAUUGAUGUGUUAACACAGCUGGUUCGCAUGGCCCCUGUUCCUCGAACCUUUGACGCCGACACUGGUGCCUUGCUGCCGACCCGUCAGCAAGUCGACGUGUCCGAAAAAGUAGGAGACGAGCUGCGGAACGUUGCCGUCAAGGUCAGGGCAAUGAGGGCUACUGCCGUCAGGGCGGCGGAUCUCAUACUCGACCAACUGCUGUCCGAUAAUCCGGUUGGACAUUCGCUCAGCUCGGGAGCGCUAAAGUCGGCCAUAUGGAUCAUUGGCGAGUACUCGAUACAUUUAGCUAUGCCGGAUGACAGCCUCAAUGGGCUUCUCCAGGCCCUUCCGAGAAUUGGGAAACCCGACAUCUCUGCAGUGGCGCUCCAUGCCAUUGCGAAAGUCUUCUCAUCAAUUGCCGGCAGCGAGGUCGAGCCGUGGACCGCAGAGCGGAAGUCGAGGAUAUCGCUGCUCCUCGCCCGCAUCCUCGACGUGCUAGAGCCGCUGGCCCUCCACCCGAGCCUCGAAGUACAAGAGAGAGCGGUCGAGUUCAUAGAGCUGCUCAAACUGACAGCAGAGGCGGUUUCGGGUCAACCCCCAUCAACAGAUGAAAACCAACAAGAUCCGCCCUUGCUCCUUACACAGGCUAUUCCAUCCUUGUUUGCCGGUUGGGAGCUGAAUUCCGUCGCCGCGCAUGCGCAGAAGAAUGUGCCCCUUCCUGAGGGAUUGGAUCUAGAUGAACCAAUUCACAGCAACCUCGGCCGGCUCUUGUCUCAAACCGACAUCGUCACACUUCAGUCAGACGAGGCUGACGACUUUGAGGCUUACUAUCACCAGCGACCACCGCCUUCGAGCCUUUCAUCCUCAGGCCCGGCAAUCACUAGACUGGCCGACCCAGAAGACGACACGCCAGGCUCCUAUCAGCAGCCUAGCGAGGAGAGCUACCUGGAUGCUGAUAUUCUUGCCAGGAGAAAGGCAGAAAGGAUGGAGAAGAACAAGGACGAUCCCUUUUACAUCCCGAGUGAUAAUAUCCUCAGAACAUCAACGCCCAUUCACAACAUCUUGCAGAACAAUAAUGGGCCCGCCCUGGACAUUGACUCCAUCCCCGUCAUGCAGUUGGACCUCGAGAAGAUUGGUCAGACAGCCGCCGCGCCCUCUCGGCCGCGACCGCAGCCACGGCAGAGGGUCGUGGUAGCUACCGAUGAAACUCUGGAAGGGAGCGACAGCGGCACGGGGCGGCAAUACGACUCGGAGAAUAGCUCCCUCACCAAGGCCAGAUCUAAGAAAUCAAAGCAGCACUCCCUCCUUCACGUCGACUCAAGCACCAUUGCCUCGUUUAGCCUGGAAGGCAACGCAUCCGAAGCAUUCGACUAUGAAAGGCAGCAAAGGGAGGACUUGGAGAUGCAGCAGGCCAUGAAGGAGGUGGAGCGGCUACGGCUCGAGAUGCAGCGGGCCAACGAGAGGAUACAAAUGGCUCAGGGGGCCGAAGUGCAGGGCGUCGUCAUCAAGAAGAAGACGAAGAAGAAGGCCACGGCAAAGAAGGCCGCGGAGGGCGAUGAGAACGAGGCUAUAAAGGUCAAGCCCAAGAAGAAGGUCAAGAAGGCGGCGGCGCAACAGGCCGUGGAAGGCGGCGGCGACGAUGCCGGUGGUGCGGCUGCUUCAGCAGACGCGCCGGGAACUCCUCCUGCGAAGGCGGCGCCAAAGAAGAAGAAGAAGAAGAAGGUGGCACCUGUCGAAGAAGCCGAGGGCGCUGAUAAGGGGGCUGGAACCUCUUGA